AUGUCUACCACCACCACAAGCAGAGCUCCAAACUCUGUCCGGUUGCCCUCCAUUCACGAGCUUACAGGGAAUUCAAAUCUGGCCCAACUUUGCAGCCCACAUGCAUCGUCACCAAGAUCAUUUGUUGAUGCAAAGGGAGGACAAGCUCAAUCACAGCCGCCGGUUGUAUUACCAAGUCUUAGUUUGAAUACGAGCAGUGUUAAUAAUGAGUCAACAAGUACAUUCAAAAUACCACCUAUUAAACCAAUGACUCCUUCCAGUGUUGCAUUGAGUGGGUCAGCUAAUAGCACACCAACUGCUGCAAGUCAGGGUAAUAAUACUACAUUGUCAAAAGCUAUAUCGCUUGGUUCACCAGCUAUUGGUCAUUAUUCCAACCAACCUAACCUGCUAUUGCCAGGACCAGGACCAGGAUCAGGACCAGAGCAUGGCAUCCCUCAAGCAUCUGCUACUGCAACUACUUCUCCAACAACAAUUCCAUCGCCUACAUUCCACCACCCACCACCAAACCAUUAUCAACAACCACCAUCACAGCAACAACAGCAGUUACCGCCACAACCACAGUCCCUUCCUACAUCGUAUCAAUCCCCAAUAGAGUACAACGGGUCCCAAUUUCCACACCAACAUCAACAUUCGAGAUCAUAUUCUGCACCAGUUCCACGCUACAUCACACCCCAACACCAAGCAACAGCACCAACCCCCUACUACUCGCAACCCCACUACGCAGUCCACCACCAUCCAAACAACCAUGGCUUACAAAUGAACCAGCCUUACACCAUAACCGAAGUAGUACCCAAAACCGCCAACAAAUGUCAUCGUUGUGGCACUACAGAAACACCAGAAUGGAGGAGGGGACCCAAGGGAGUGAGAACAUUGUGCAAUGCUUGUGGGUUGUUCCAUGCCAAGUUGGUCAAAAGGAAAGGUGCUGCUGUAGCUGCUGAAGAAGUGUUGAAUAACCGUGUGACUAAAGGUAAGAAUGGAAGAAGAAUUAGUACUAGGAAACUGCUGGGGAGUAGUAUAAGUGGUGAGCGUCAGAGAGGGGAAAUGUUUGUUCCGUUGCAAAACUUGAACUUGCAACAACAACAACACUAUCUUGUUGCUGCUGGUGCUGCUCAUUUCGCAACUGUUCCGCCAAAUCAUACAACUAGCCCCUUGCAACCAGCGCCAUUGCACUCUGGUGCAGGUCCAACCGCACAAGCAUAUCUGCUUCAUCAACAACAACAACAACAACUUCAUCAUCACCUGCAACAUCAACAGUUACCCCCACCACCGCCAACUUCUUCCUCAUAUAUUCCUCAGGGGUUCGUGACAAUGCCACCUCCUGCGUUACCCGUGAACUCAUCGAUGCACUACCAUCACCAUAAUCAAGUUCCACCGAUGCCUUUAGUUAACCACUAA